AUGGCAUUGCCAUACAGACCUAUCAGGGCUGCUCCUGUGAAGGAUGCUACAACUCCUUCCCCAAGGACUAUUAUCGAGAGAGGCGUGUCGAAGCGCCCGCGAACGAUCGGGUCGGCAUGCUGGGAAUGCCGAAAAAGAAAGGCAAAGUGUAACGGACAGAAACCAGUUUGCAUCAGCUGUUCGAAAUACGGGCGUGAAUGCGUAUACGACUCCGACAUUAGGGAAUCGCGGGUGAAGGGCUUGCAGCAGGCGAACCAAAAGCUCCAGGACGAACUUGCAGCUGCAAAACUUUUGAUAAAACAGAUGGCCACUGGCUCAGCCCAACUGAGAGGUGCCGUAACGGAGUUGUUGGAGGAGGAGAAACAACCAUCUGAGAUAACCGAGCUGUUGAAGAACGAUGAAACAGCGAAUGACAAGAUGAACGAGGCGGAUAGCAGUCAGCCUUUGAGUACAGUGAACGAUCCAAUUCUACCCGGUGUUACCGAUGGCCCUUCGUAUCCCUUUCCGGUGGACAACUGUGAAUCCUUGAGUGCGGACAGGUCCAGCAUGACUCAAGAGUCUUCGCCAGACAGCAGUUCAUGCAUUGCCACAGAGUCAGCAGCAGCAAAUACUUACACCACAAAUGCCUCCUCAAUCUCUACAAAUAGUUUCACAUCCACCGAGAUGCUCAUCAACUAUACCCAAGCAAUCACUCAAUCAUUUUCAGGCAGUGUCGAAAGCAUUCCAUUAUACCUACCAGAGCUCCCAUACCCCCAGUCAUCGAGUGUCUCGACAAAUAAACCUCAACUUGACGAGUUACCUACCGUGGUUCACCAACACGAUGACGAAAGAAUAUACGCCCAUCAGACGGAACACACGACUCUAUUUUUCCAACCUCUGUUUAGCCAUGAUGACUAUUACCUCUCAACCUCGAUAACUACACCUGUGCCACAAGAAACACAGGAUAGAGACUCCACGACCUUUAGUGUUCAUAAUAGAUAUCCAGAGAACCCAAACGCCAAUUUCAUAACCGAGCCGAGUCAUCCGAGCAAGGAGACUCUUGAGGACAGAGAACACAGAACUUACUCGAAUUACGAAAACAACUUUGGAAACCUCGCUCUUUCGAAUAGCAUUAGAGCGAAUGGAUAUCCUCGCCAUAUACAGGACGCGCAAAUACGCAAUAUCUUCGUGCCGAGUUGGGCUGCUACAACACUUAAUACUGAGCUGGAUCCGGGGGACAUGAGCAAUGCGUUCAGCGACAUCUAUCAGAAGACCACAAGCCUUUUGAAGAAAGGCGAGCCUGUCGGCCACGUGAUUGGACAUCAUCCAAACAUCGCAGCAUUGUACGACCAGGAUCAAUUUGACAGGUCGUGCUUGCUGUCGCAGUGGGCUGCUCGCAUGGUCCACAGUGUGAAAUGUCAGGGAUAUGACUUUACCUGCUUUGCAUCCAUGACUAUCUUUUGGUACAUGAUGCGAUGGAUGAUCGACCCAUCGCCAGAAACAUACGCCGCGAUGCCAGAAUGGAUCAGACCAACUACAAAUCAACUGUUCACGCCUCAUAUAAGCACGGCCGACUUUAUUCUCUGGCCUGCUUUCCGCGAUCUCGUGGUGCAGUUUCCGCAGCUUCAAGAGCGCAUGGCGUGGUUGGCUGAUAUGUCGAUGAAUAUCCGGUGCGAGUGGCCAUAUGCGCUGAAAGAUGCAGUGAAAACAGAUCCGGUUGAUGGAACUGUUGAUCUUGUGGGUUUGGCCAAGGAGCAUAUUUGGAACCUGGGAUGUUGGUCUGUCGGGCCUUCAUUUAGAAAGCUCGUGAUAAACGCAGAUGCAUACCUCCAGAUUAGAGAUGGGCCAUGA